AUGGCGUUGGUUGCUGGCGGCGGUAUCGACAAGCCCCUCCCCGCCGUGCUCCUCAGCCAGCUGCUCCCGCCGGUUCAUGGCAUCCGCAUCGCUGCGUCGUACUCCAGCGACGAUGACGAGCGUGCGCCCCUCAUCCCCAUGGGCACGCCGGCUUCCUCCACCUCCGCCUCCUUCUACCCAGUGCCGACCACCAGUUUCCCGGGGGCGACGGGCACGCCGGCUUCCUCCACCUCUGCCUCCUCCGGCCCGGUGCCGACCACCAGUUUCCCGGGGGCGACAGCAGCAAAGCGGUGGAGGGCGUUCAGGCGCGUAGGCGACAUGUUCGACACAUGGACCAAGUAG